CUUCUUCUUCUUUUUCUGUCUGUCAUGUCUCUCUCCCUUCUCUCGGACCUCUCUCAGCUCCCUUAUCUCUCUUCUCAACCGCGAACGCACGCACGCAACCAUCUCCCCUGCGCGAGGAAGACCCCACAUCGUCGCCAUCUCGUCCUUCUCCCCCUCUGUCCCGUGCUGCAACCCCAGGAAACCCGGAAAGGAACUCCGGCGAGUUCCUAUUUUCCCGGUGAGGACGAAAUCGAAGCCGGGUGUAGGCACACCCAUCUCCGACGACUUUCGAGAGAAUUUCCGGCCAAACCACGGCGAGUUGGCCGGCGUGCAAGUUUCCGGCGACCUCCGAGGCUUUCGAGGCAAUUUCCGGCCAAACCACGGCGAGUUAGACGUCGUGUGAGGGGCAAUUAUAUGUGGCAUUCCUUCUUUGAUAGUUUGCGUGGCUCUUCGGCGGCUAAGUACUGACUUAGAAUCGAGGCAUACAAUUCCGGCAUCCAGGCAC